CUCCCCCGGAGAUUACAGCUAAAUAAGAGACGCAGUAUUUAUAGAAGACAGACCCCGGCCCGUUGGGCAGCCCUUAAUCCGUGCCUCGGCCCUUUUUUUCCAGAUCGCUUGUACCCGAAGCGUUUUGCCGUUCAUCCCCAUUCGCUUUUCGUAUCCACCGAGUUCCGCAAGCGACAAUCGGUAACGACCAUGUCGGCCCGCGAGCGCUUCGACUGCCAUUACUGCAAAGAUUCCCUCUUGGGGAAGAAGUACAUCAUGAAAGAGGACACACAGUACUGCACCAAGUGCUUCGAGAACCUGUUUGCCAACUGCUGCCAGAGCUGCUCCCAGCCCAUUGGCGCCAACUGCAAGGACCUGUCCUACAAGGACCGUCACUGGCACGAGGAAUGCUUCAAGUGCAGCAAGUGCAGCCGCUCCCUGGUGGAGAAGGCCUUCGCCGCCAAGGAUGAUCUGAUGCUGUGCACCGAGUGCUACGCCCACGACUACUCGUCCAAGUGCGCCACCUGCAAGAAGACGGUCAUGCCAGGUUCCCGCAAAAUGGAGUUCAAGGGCAACAGCUGGCAUGAGACGUGCUUCCUGUGCCACCGCUGCCAGCAGCCCAUCGGAACCAAGUCCUUCAUCCCAAAAGACGACGGCUUCUACUGCGUGGGCUGCUUCGAGAAGCAGUUUGCCUAUCAGUGCUGCGCUUGCAAGAAGUCCAUCACGACGGGCGGCGUGACGUACCAGGACAAACCGUGGCACCGCGAGUGCUUCCUGUGCAUCGGCUGUAGGAAGCAGCUGUCGGGCCAGCGCUUCACUUCAAGGGAAAACUACCCGUACUGCCUGGAAUGUUUCAGCGAGCUCUACGCCAAGAAGUGCGUGGGAUGCACCAAGCCCAUCACAAGUCUGGCUGGGGCCAAGUACGUUUCGUUCGAGGAGCGUCAGUGGCACAGCGAGUGCUUCACGUGCGGGCAGUGCUCCAUGUCCCUGGUGGGCCGAGGCUUCCUUACCCAGCGUGACAACAUCCUGUGCACUGACUGCGGACGCGAGAAGUGAUCAGCUUUGCGCAAUGUCGCAUCGAGCUCAUGUUUACGAAUGGGAGGUCGUGUAAAGAUGAACAAAGUGUCUUUAAAUGGAAUGCGUGUACAACACUUCUAGGCUUUUUUUUUUUUUUCAAGUGUCAUAUUAGACUUUAGCUGCGCACCCAAAUCAGUUUUUUUUUUCCUUUGUCGGUUCCUCCUGCCUACAUACUUGUAGUACCUCCUCCAGCCCACUCUACUGUUUUAUUUUGCAAGCCUACCUACGAUAGUCCACCCUACUCUUUUAUACCCUGGCAACUAACUCUACCUUACCUACUAUCAAUUUUUCUUCCGGCUUAUUUGUCCUACUUACCUGCUAUAUUACACCCUAUUUAUGGACAUAUCCAAUCUACCCUACUAACUAUUUUAUACUCGACUUGUCUGCCUGUCCUAUCUACGGUACUGUAUAUACUCCAAUCCGCCGAGCUGUCAAAUCGACCAACCGACUUGCCCCAUCUGUCAACUCAAUUUUACUGUACCUAGUACACUUUGGAUUUUAUACCCCAUACUGUUUCACCCUACCUAUUAUAUAUUAGACCCCACCCACCUACUUUACCCUACCUACUGUAUCACAUCGUAACUUUCCAACCUAUAAACCUGCCUAACCUACCUACUCCACCCUGCCUACUACAGUAUAUUACACCCUAUUUCCCUCCCUGCUCUAUAUACCUACCUACCCUAUCCACCUGUAGGAGACUGGACUGGUUCAGAAUUGUCUAUGUCGAUGUUAAAAGAAUUAUUCCUUUGUUGUGUGUUCACAAACACCCCCCAUUGAUUUUAUUUUGUCAUUUCCUUGCUGGAUUUUCUGUUUUGGUGCAUUUUUUUCUGAUUUUCUUGGUGCCAUUGAAAGUGUCGUUAAUUUACGUUUUUUGAGGCGGUCUUUGAACGCCUCUCUAGCCGAAUUCGGGAAAGAAGGCACAUCGUGGAAGGGAGACGUGCUUGUAGUCGUUUGGGAGUUUUAAGAAAUGAAUAAAAUGUACGUUUAAAA